AUGUACUCCAACACCCCCGGCACCAACUUCCUCGUCCUCUCUCCCAUCCAAACCGCCUCCCACGGGUCCCCCGCUCCUCGCGCCCGCUCCGACAGCUGCUCCUCCACCGACAGCGCCUCUUCCAACUUCCUCGUUCUCUCUCCCACCCAAGCAGGUCCUCACGACGCUGAGUACCGUGGCCGCUCGGACAGCUCUGCCUCCAUGGAUAGCUCUGCCUCUGCUUCCAGGUUCCUUGUUCUCUCGCCCGGCCAGGCUGGUCCUCACCACGCUUCUGGCUCCGAGAACCGCGUCCGCUCUCCGGCCGUGCUCUCGCCCUCUCCGCUGCCUGCUGGCUUCCUUUUCUUGGGCUACGACGCUCCUGUCCAGACUGCUUCGAGUGAAUAA